CAAUCUUCUUCUCUGCGCGUCAAAAUGAUUCGUGCGGGUGCCCUUCGAGCGCUCUAUGCCGCCACAAGGACCCAGGUCCCCCGGCAAUUACCUGCCUUCCGAACUCAAAUCUCUUCCUCUCUACGACCAUCCCGAUUCGCGCCCUUGGUGGUCGCUCCCAGCAAAAGAUGCUAUUCCGCUCCAUCUGGUCUGUCGAAAGAAGAGGUGCAAGGGCGGAUAAUGGACCUGUUGAAGAACUUUGACAAGGUGUCCGACCCAUCAAAGAUCACAGGCACAUCGCACUUCCAGAAUGACCUGGGCUUGGAUAGCUUGGAUACCGUCGAGGUCGUGAUGGCGAUCGAGGAAGAGUUCAGCAUCGAGAUUCCUGACAAGGAGGCGGAUGCCAUCCACAGCGUUGACCAAGCUGUCGCAUACAUCUGCUCGCAGCCGGAUGCCCACUGA